AUUUGUCGAUGCCUGCUAAAAUUGCCUGUACGCGUUUGUUCCACCUGACCAUGCAGAACGACACACUGCAAGGAUUAGUCUAGUUUCUAAAGAUCACUGCUUUUUUAUAGAUCAUAUUUACCGGAAUCGCUUUAUUCACUUUAGCUGGUGUUUCUAAGAAAAGGAACAGGGAAGAAAGGAAAGAAGGAACCCCUCAAGCAGAGCCAUGUCCUUCAGGAGGGGUGUUGUCAGGCAGAGUAAGUUCAGGCAUGUGUUUGCCCAGGCUUGGAAGGCUGAGCAUUGCCUUGAUGAUGUCAGAGUAUCACGCGUGACAUGGGAUGGUCCACUGUGUGCUGCCAAUCCCAAGUUCAUUGCUGUUGUCAUUGAGGCCGGAGGAGGCGGAGCCUUUCUUGUGCUACCGCUCGCCAAGAGCGGCCGAGUGGACCAGAACACCCCGACCGUGUGCGGUCACGCCGCUCCGGUGCUGGAUGUGCAGUGGUGCCCACAUGAUGACAAUGUUAUUGCCAGUGCCUCAGAGGACUGCACUGUCAAGAUUUGGCAGAUUCCUGACGGAGGUCUUACAUCUCCCAUGUCUGAAGCAGUUGUGACUCUUGAGGGUCACAGUAAAAGAGUGGGCAUCCUGGCCUGGCACCCUUCUGCUCUCAAUAUCCUGUUGACUGCAGGGUGUGAUAAUGUCCUGUGUGUGUGGGACGUGGGCACUGGGGAGCUGGUGUACCAGCUCAGUGACGCCCAUCCAGACCUGAUAUACAGCGUGAGCUGGAACUGUGAGGGCAGCAUCCUGUGCACCACCUGUAAAGACAAAGCCUUACGAGUCAUUGAUCCCCGGCGUGGAACAGUUCUUAAGAUGCGGGAGAAGGUUCAUGAGGGCACCAGGCCGAUGAGGGCCGUGUUUCUGGCUGAUGGGAAAAUCCUGACAACUGGCUUCAGUCGCAUGAGCGAAAGACAGCUCGCCCUCUGGGACACGAGAGAUCUUUCUGAGCCAGUGGCCACUCAGGAAUUGGACACCAGUAACGGAGUUCUGCUUCCAUUCUAUGACCCAGACACUAACAUGGUUUACUUGUGCGGCAAGGGGGAUUGUACUAUUCGUUACUAUGAGGUGACAGAUGAGUCACCGUAUGUUCAUUUCCUGAGUCUGUACAGCAGUAAGGAACCGCAGAGAGGUGCUGGUUUCUUAAACAAACGAGGAGUAGAUGUCAACAAGUGUGAAAUAGCAAGGUUCUACAAACUGCACGAGAGGAAGGUUGAGCCCAUAUCUAUGACUGUGCCAAGGAAGUCUGACCUGUUUCAAGGGGAUCUGUACCCGGAUACGGCGGGAUUAGAACCCGCUCUACUGGCAGAAGACUGGAUAGCCGGACAGGAUGCUCCUCCAGUCCUGGUUUCCCUCAGCGGGGACUACACGGCUCCUCCAUCCAAAUGCAGCACACUCCAGGGUCGACCCAAAGUGCUCUCUCAGACCAACACUUGUCCCACCGGCACUGCUGAGCCACCAAACCCUAUGACAGUUGAGAUGGAGAGCGAGGGGUUGGGCCACGGACGAGGAAGAGGGGAUGUAGAUGGAGGAAUAGAGAGAGUAAAGAAAGAGGAGGACCAACUUUCUGAUAUCCUGACAGAGAUUCGGGCGUUGCGUGCUCUGUCUCUGGCUCAGGGUCACAGGAUUGACGUCCUGGAAAGGCAGCUCGCCCGUAUUGAGGAUGGAGAAGUGUGAAGGAAUCUAAAAACAUAUGACAACACACAUAGCCUUACCCAGAUUCAGAAGGCUUCACUGAAGGGUUAUGGGAAAUGUAGUUCUAUUACUGUGGAAUAGAGAUACUAAGAAAUAAUUGAGCUUUGAGCUUUAUCAGUACACUUUGGUUUUUAAUGCACUGAAAUUCAAUAUCCUAAAUGCUGCUCAUUUUGU